UGCUUCCCAACAGUGUGGGUGAUGACCGCGGCCUGCCGCGGGCGUCAGGAGUUUCCAAGUGGCGAGGGCGCUGCAGAAGCCGUCAUGGAGGAGGUGAAUGCUCUUGAGGAGGCCUUGCAGCAAACGGUUGCGCGAGCUGAAGGUGCCAAGUUCCAUGACAGCGCGGUGACCACGUACGGUAUCCAGCUGCGUGCCUGGGUGGACAUGCAGGUGGAUGCUCGAUUGGGUCAGCUGCUGCCCAACUUCUUGGAAGGAGAAUUUGAGACCUUCAGAUCUGAGUACGUCGCGGCACAGGAGGUGGCCAGCACCAGGCUGGAGGGCGAGCUGCAGGCAGUCGCUGAUGCUCAGGCCAAGUUGCUUCAAGUGGUGGACAGCAUGUCCAGGGAGUUGGCACGCCUCAAGGAGGAGCGCUCUUCCCGAGAGGCCUGGGACCUUGGGCAGGACUGGGAUGACGGCGCCACGGCGCACGUGGCGCGCUUGGACGAUGGGGCCUUCGUGGGCUCCUCAGGGCGUCAUGUGCGUGAGCUGCUGGAUGCCAUGGGAGAGGGAUCAAGGCGUGCGCAGGGCCUUGGAAAGGCGGUCACUGCAGGCUGGCAGCCGCUGAGCUCCAAUCGGAUCUACGUCUUGUACAACCACCGGCUGGCCCUGGGGAUUCUGAAGGUGGGGCCCAAGCGACUCUUCGUCUCGCGAGGGGAAAAGGAAGGUUUGGUGGAGAUCUCUCCGUUGUGCUGUCUGGAUUUCUACGUGGUCGAGGGCCAUCAGCGCGGUGGCUAUGGGCGGCAGCUCUUUGACUCCAUGCUGCGCAGCGAGGGCGUCGAGCCGCAGAGCUUGGGCUACGACCGGCCCUCGCCCAAGCUGAUUGGCUUUCUGAGGAAACACUUUGGCCUGGUCCAGUACCAGCCGCAAGCCAACCACUUCGUAGUCUUCGACAAGUAUUGGUCCAGUACUUCCAGUCGCAGGCCCCAAGGUUCAACCUGGGGUCAGAGGAUCCAACCGACUCCAAGCCAGCACUGCGCCCAAGUGUGGCCGGUGAAACUGCCGGCACCGGUGCCAUAUCGCCUGGGAGCUGAGGAUUUUCCGAUGAAAACUUCAGCUCCGGCCUCCAUGGCUUCGCUGGCAAGGCGCCCGCAGGCAGCGCCUGGGCGACGCUCCUUCCAACGCGCCGGCAGCGCCAUUGCGUCGAACUCCUCGUUGUCGCUGGUGGCUGCCAUGGCACAAGGGAGGUUGUGA